AUGUUUCUACCAAACCCCUUGAUACCCGUGAUCGGGGCAGUAUCCCUAUUCACAUCACUCUCUGCAGCAUUUUACCUCCCAGGAGUCGCUCCUACAGACUAUACCGAAGGAAGCAAGGUUCCCCUAAACGUCAACCGUCUUACGCCAACUCUCUCACAGUCCGAUCAGCAGCUCCGAUCCGUCAUUUCUUACGACUACUACCAUACCGCUUUCAACUUCUGCAGACCCCCAAAUGGUCCCAAGAAGGUUUCCGAGUCGCUUGGGUCCAUCCUGUUUGGGGACCGUAUUCUUGAUUCGCCGUUCGACAUUAGGAUGGCCAAGAACGAAACUUGUAAACCGCUUUGCGAGGUUAAAAAAUUUGAUCCACGGAAAGCAAAAUUUGUCAAUAGGCGGAUCUGGCAAAAUUAUAAUAUCAAUUGGCUUAUAGACGGAUUGCCAGCAGCCACUUUGAAUAGGGAUGAGGUGGAGAAUGUUGAGUUCUAUUCUCAAGGUUUCCCGCUGGGUGAUAUCAAGAACCCCAACUCUGAUAAUCCUAUCGCUGAGUUCAACAAUCACUACGAUAUCUUCAUCGACUACCACGAACUGGCAUCACGCUCGACUAAGAAGUAUCGUGUUGUGGGUGUUGUUGUCCAGCCUUCGUCCCGGAAUUCUAAGCUUCGGGAAGGCGCUGGUGACUUUGGCGCCGACUGCUCUGAUCUCUCACCUGUGGUUCUGUCGCAGGACCAGGAAACUGAGGUUUUAUUCACUUAUACUGUAUACUGGAGGCAUUCACCCACUGCUUGGGCCACAAGAUGGGACAAAUAUCUUCAUGUCUUUGACCCUCGUAUUCAUUGGUUUUCACUCGUCAAUUCUGCCAUUAUCGUAAUUUUUCUUACCGGAAUGGUAGGAAUGGUUCUUUUAAGAGCUUUGCGCAAGGACAUCGCUCGUUACAAUCAAUUAGACUUGAAUGAGGACGUACAAGAUGAUUCUGGGUGGAAAUUGGUUCAUGGAGAUGUCUUCCGUCCCCCGAAGAAUCCCAUGCUCCUUUCGAUAUUCUUGGGAUCUGGUGCACAGCUAUUUUUCAUGACUGGAGCGACUAUUGUUUUUGCGCUUCUUGGAUUUUUGUCGCCAUCCAAUCGUGGGUCUUUGGGGACAGUUAUGAUUCUUCUAUAUACGCUUUUCGGUUUUAUCGGCGGCUAUGUCUCCGCCCGGACUUACAAAUCAUUCGGCGGCGAAGCGUGGAAGCGAAACAUCAUACUCACCCCCGUGUUCAUUCCCGGGAUUGUGUUUGGCACAUUUUUCCUCCUCAACUUUUUCUUGAUCUUUGAAAAUUCUUCUGGAGCCGUGCCCUUGACCACCAUGUUGGUACUGGUCGGCAUUUGGUUCAUACUUAGUGUACCAUUGAGUUUCGGCGGAAGUUGGGUUGGAUUCAGAGCUCCUGCAUUCCAACCUCCUGUCCGCACCAAUCAGAUUCCACGCCAGAUCCCACAGCAAUCCACAUACUUAAAGCCGAUUCCCAGCAUGCUUUUAGUGGGAAUUCUGCCAUUUGGAGCCAUUUUCGUUGAGCUAUACUUCAUCAUGAAUUCCAUCUGGUUUCAUAAAGUCUACUACAUGUUUGGAUUCCUAUUCAUUUGCUAUGGCAUCAUGAUUAUUACUUGCUCCACAGUCACAAUCCUGCUCAUCUACUUCUUACUGUGCUCGGAGAACUACCACUGGCAAUGGAGAUCAUUCUUCACUGCCGGCGCAAGCGCGAUCUACAUUUUCUUAAAUGCUAUCCUGUACUGGAUAUCAAAGUUGAGCUUGGGGGGUUUCACUAGCAACGUGUUGUACCUAGGAUACAGUGCGUUGAUCGGCUUCCUGUUCUUCAUACUCACAGGAUCAAUUGGCUUCUUCUCAAGCUGGUUUUUCGUGAGGAAGAUUUACGGAAGUAUCAAGAUUGAUUAA